GAGAGAGAGAGAGAGAGGAGAGAGAGCUCCCCAAACAUGAGCUAUUUUACUAGCACGAUCCCAUUUGACGAAACUGAUGAGUUCUUCCAAUGCUCUUCCUUUGAUUCCCACCAACAACAUCAUCAAGUCGAUAACUACGACGAUAUCCUAUAUCAACUUUCUUCUCCUCCAGAUGGGAACUUCUUCAUCGGCGAGACGCUUGACGAUCAUGGCCGACAGGGUAAUAAAACGUCUUCUGUGUUCGACAAACCCACGGCUGUUGCGAAGCCUAAUGGCAACACAAGCAAGAACAAGAAAGUCGUACACAGAGAUAUUGAGAGGCAAAGGAGGCAAGAAAUGGCUACCCUUUAUGGAUCUCUAAGGAAACAACUCCCAAUUGAAUUUCUUAAGGGAAAGAGGUCUAUUUCUGAUCACAUUCAUGAGACAGUCAACUACAUAAGGCAUAUGCAGAACAAGAUCCAAGCGCUGAGUGACAGGAGAGACGAGCUGAAGGGACUGUCUGAUUCGGGUGCUCCUAAAGAGACACCUGAAUGUUCAAGAACCGCUUGCUCUCAGGGCGACACUGUGAUGGUCCAGUCUUGCAUGGCAGGAGUGGAAAUUCUCAUAAACACCGCCUCGCAACAAGGGCUCCCCUUAUCAAGAGCAUUCAAAGCGUUGUCCGAAGAAGGAGUAAACGUGUUCAGCUGCAAUUCAACGGAAGUGAGCGAAAGGAUUCUUCACUCCAUCAAAGCCGAGGUAACCAAAGGAGGAAAUGGCAAUUUGUUCGAGCUGCAACAGAAAUUGAUGAAGUUAACGACUUGAUUAUUCUCAGAUUGGAGUGAUUCCGUGAAUCUUAGUUUUGUGAACCUUUCCUCUAGAUGACACGAAUCAUGAAGAUGUCUUUACAUCCUGCAGGUCCUUCUUCCAGGCAAUUUUGGCCAGGAGUUGGUAAUGUUGGUGACAAUGCUUCAUUAGAAUAUGUGAAUGUGAUAUAUUAAGUUUUGCACAUUCUUCCUGUACUCUACUGAGAGACGAGUAACAUUGUUCUGCUGAGUUGGCUUUCAUGUACAGUUUGCCUGCCUAAUUGUAUCACUUUGAAUCUCGUA